CGGCCGCGGCCCGAGGGGCUUGUGGGUAGCGGCUGCGCGCGGCCGGAGACGGGAUCCGCGCGGGAGUGUGUGAGGGGAGCGGGCUUGUGGGACCGAAGCUGCCCCGGCGAGCAUGGGGGCGGGCUGGCGGCGGCCGUAGUUGUCUGAGCCCGGGCUUCAGCUUCCCGGAGCGCCAGAGGGCGGGGCGGUCCAGCCCGGCGGUGGCCGCGCCGCUUCCCCGCUCCCGCCCUCGGAGUCCUGAGGGAGCUCGCGGCGGGCGAGCGGACCGGGCGGCGCGAAUCUGACUGAGGGGCGGGGACGCCGUCUGCUUUUCGCCGCUCCCGGCCGGGCCGGGCGGCCCCCUGGACAACCCGAGGCCCCGGACUCGGCGCUGAGAGCCGAAGCCGGAGCUAGAGGCGGGCGGUGGGCCCUGGCGGAGCCCCGCCCGGAGCCGGCGGUUCGGGGGCGGCGCUAGGCCCCGAGGCGCCCGGGCCAGAGCGCGGGGAGCGGGAGUGCGGGGCCGGGCGGCGGCGGCAUGAGCCGGCCCCCGGCUACGGGGAAAAUGCCCGGCGCCCCCGAGGCCGUGCCGGGGGACGGGGCGGGCGCGAGCCGCCAGAGGAAGCUGGAGGCGCUGAUCCGAGACCCUCGCUCACCCAUCAACGUGGAGAGCUUGCUGGAUGGCUUAAAUUCCUUGGUCCUUGAUUUGGAUUUUCCUGCUUUGAGAAAAAACAAGAAUAUAGAUAAUUUUUUAAAUAGAUAUGAGAAAAUUGUGAAAAAAAUCAGAGGUCUACAGAUGAAGGCAGAAGACUAUGAUGUUGUUAAAGUUAUUGGAAGAGGUGCUUUUGGUGAAGUGCAGCUGGUUCGUCAUAAGGCAUCACAGAAGGUUUAUGCUAUGAAGCUUCUUAGUAAGUUUGAAAUGAUAAAAAGAUCUGAUUCUGCUUUUUUCUGGGAAGAGAGAGAUAUUAUGGCCUUUGCCAACAGUCCCUGGGUGGUUCAGCUCUUUUGUGCUUUUCAAGAUGAUAAGUAUCUGUACAUGGUAAUGGAGUACAUGCCUGGUGGAGAUCUUGUAAACCUUAUGAGUAACUAUGAUGUACCUGAAAAAUGGGCCAAAUUUUAUACUGCUGAAGUUGUUCUUGCUCUGGAUGCCAUACACUCCAUGGGCUUAAUUCACAGAGAUGUAAAGCCUGACAACAUGCUCUUGGAUAAACAUGGACAUCUAAAGUUGGCAGAUUUUGGCACAUGUAUGAAGAUGGAUGAAACAGGCAUGGUGCACUGUGAUACAGCGGUUGGAACACCUGAUUAUAUUUCACCUGAGGUUCUCAAAUCACAAGGGGGUGAUGGUUACUAUGGGCGAGAAUGUGAUUGGUGGUCUGUGGGUGUUUUCCUUUUUGAGAUGCUGGUGGGGGAUACUCCAUUUUAUGCAGAUUCACUUGUAGGAACGUAUAGCAAAAUUAUGGAUCAUAAAAACUCACUAUGUUUCCCUGAAGAUGCAGAAAUUUCUAAACAUGCGAAGAAUCUCAUUUGUGCCUUCUUAACAGAUAGGGAGGUACGACUUGGGAGAAAUGGGGUAGAAGAAAUCAAACAGCAUCCUUUCUUUAAGAAUGAUCAAUGGAAUUGGGAUAACAUAAGAGAGACGGCAGCUCCUGUAGUACCUGAGCUCAGCAGUGACAUAGACAGCAGCAAUUUUGAUGACAUCGAAGAUGAUAAAGGAGAUGUAGAAACCUUCCCGAUUCCUAAAGCUUUUGUGGGAAAUCAGCUACCUUUUAUAGGAUUUACCUACUAUAGAGAAAAUUUGUUAUUAAGUGACUCUUCAUCUUGUAGAGAAAAUGGUUCAUUACAAUCAAGGAAAAAUGAAGAAAGCCAAGAGAUUCAGAAAAAAUUAUACACAUUAGAAGAACACCUUAGCACUGAAAUACAAGCCAAAGAGGAGCUAGAGCAAAAGUACAAAUCUGUUAAUACUCGCCUUGAGAAAGUAACAAAGGAACUAGAAGAAGAGAUUACUUUAAGGAAAAAUGUGGAAUCAGCAUUAAGACAAUUAGAAAGAGAAAAGGCACUUCUUCAACACAAAAAUGCAGAAUAUCAGCGGAAAGCUGAUCACGAAGCAGACAAGAAACGAAAUUUGGAAAAUGAUGUUAACAGUUUAAAGGAUCAACUUGAAGAUUUGAAAAAAAGAAAUCAGAACUCUCAAAUAUCCACUGAGAAAGUGAAUCAGCUCCAGAGACAACUGGAUGAAACCAAUGCUUUGCUGAGAACAGAAUCUGAUACUGCGGCCCGGUUAAGAAAAACCCAGGCAGAAAGUUCAAAACAGAUUCAGCAGCUGGAAUCUAACAAUAGAGAUCUUCAAGAUAAAAAUUGCCUGCUGGAGACUGCUAAGUUAAAACUUGAAAAGGAAUUUAUCAAUCUUCAGUCAGUUCUAGAAUCUGAAAGGAGGGACCGAACUCACGGAUCCGAGAUAAUUAAUGACUUACAAGGUAGAAUAUCUGGCCUAGAAGAAGAUUUAAAGAAUGGCAAAAUCUUAUUAGCAAAAGCAGAGAUGGAGAAGAGACAACUACAGGAGAGACUUACUGAUUUGGAAAAGGAAAAGAACAACAUGGAAAUAGAUAUGACAUACCAACUAAAAGUUAUACAGCAGAGCUUAGAACAAGAAGAAGCUGAGCAUAAGGCUACAAAAGCACGGCUGGCAGAUAAAAAUAAGAUUUAUGAAUCCAUUGAAGAAGCAAAAUCAGAAGCCAUGAAAGAAAUGGAGAAAAAGCUCUCAGAGGAAAGGAUGUUAAAGCAGAAAGUGGAGAACCUAUUGCUGGAAGCUGAGAAGAGAUGCUCUAUAUUUGACUGUGACCUCAAACAGUCACAGCAGAAAAUCAAUGAACUCCUUAAACAGAAAGAUGUGCUAAAUGAGGAUGUUAGAAAUUUGACAUUAAAAAUAGAGCAGGAAACUCAGAAGCGCUGCCUUACACAAAAUGACUUGAAGAUGCAAACACAGCAAGUUAACACACUAAAAAUGUCAGAAAAGCAGUUAAAACAAGAGAAUAAUCAUCUCAUGGAAAUGAAAAUGAGCUUGGAAAAGCAGAAUGCUGAACUUCGAAAAGAACGUCAAGAUGCAGAUGGGCAAAUGAAAGAACUUCAGGAUCAACUUGAAGCAGAGCAGUAUUUCUCAACCCUCUAUAAAACACAGGUGAGGGAACUUAAAGAAGAAUGUGAAGAAAAGACCAAACUUUGUAAAGAGUUACAACAGAAGAAACAGGACUUACAGGAAGAAAGGGACUCCUUGGCUGCUCAACUGGAGAUCACCUUGACCAAAGCAGAUUCAGAGCAGCUGGCUCGUUCCAUUGCUGAAGAGCAAUAUUCUGAUUUGGAAAAAGAGAAAAUCAUGAAGGAGCUUGAGAUCAAAGAGAUGAUGGCUAGACACAAACAGGAACUCACUGAAAAAGAUGCUACAAUUGCAUCUCUUGAAGAAACAAAUAGGACACUAACUAGUGAUGUUGCCAAUCUUGCAAAUGAGAAAGAAGAAUUAAAUAACAAAUUGAAAGAUGCCCAAGAACAGCUGUCACGGUUGAAAGAUGAGGAGAUCAGCGCAGCUGCUAUUAAAGCACAGUUUGAAAAGCAGCUGCUUACAGAGAGAACACUUAAAACUCAAGCUGUGAAUAAGUUGGCUGAGAUAAUGAAUCGAAAAGAACCUGUCAAGCGUGGUAGUGACACUGAUGUGCGGAGAAAAGAGAAAGAGAACAGAAAGCUACAUAUGGAGCUUAAAUCUGAACGUGAAAAAUUGACCCAGCAGAUGAUCAAGUAUCAGAAAGAACUGAAUGAAAUGCAGGCUCAAAUAGCCGAAGAGAGCCAGAUUCGAAUUGAACUGCAGAUGACACUGGACAGUAAAGAUAGUGACAUUGAGCAGCUGCGGUCACAGCUCCAGGCGUUGCAUAUCGGUCUGGAUAGUUCCAGUAUAGGCAGCGGACCAGGGGAUGCUGAGGCAGAUGAUGGAUUUCCCGUUCAUAUCACUCAAUCACGCACUAUGGAAUCCAUGUCAUUCACCUACCAGCGUUCCUCUACUUCUCUCAAUAUUGCCACUAAGCCUUCCAGUUCUCAUAUGCUUCUUGACUCUGAUUCUGACUCAGAAGAAGAAUCUUUGCCUUACUUACCUAUUUCAUCGGAACCUAAUGGUACAGAAUCAAGACUAGAAGGAUGGCUUUCAUUGCCUGUACGAAACAACACUAAAAAGUUUGGAUGGGUUAAAAAGUAUGUGAUUGUAAGCAGUAAGAAGAUUCUUUUCUAUGACAGUGAACAAGAUAAAGAACAAUCUAAUCCUUACAUGGUUUUAGAUAUAGACAAAUUAUUUCAUGUCCGACCAGUUACACAGACAGAUGUAUAUAGAGCAGAUGCUAAAGAAAUUCCAAGGAUAUUUCAGAUUCUGUAUGCCAAUGAAGGAGAAAGUAAGAAGGAACAAGAAUUUCCAGUGGAGCCAGUGGGAGAAAAAUCAAAUUAUAUUUGCCAUAAAGGACAUGAAUUUAUUCCUACUCUCUAUCAUUUCCCAACCAACUGUGAGGCUUGUAUGAAGCCACUGUGGCAUAUGUUUAAACCUCCUCCUGCUUUAGAGUGCCGGCGCUGCCAUAUUAAAUGUCAUAAAGAUCACAUGGACAAAAAGGAGGAGAUUAUAGCACCUUGCAAAGUUUACUAUGAUAUUUCGACGGCAAAGAAUCUGUUGUUGUUAGCAAAUUCUACAGAAGAGCAGCAGAAGUGGGUUAGUCGGUUGGUGAAAAAGAUCCCUAAAAAGCCUCCAGCUCCAGACCCUUUUGCACGGUCAUCUCCUAGAACUUCGAUGAAGAUACAACAAAACCAGUCUAUUAGACGGCCAAGUCGACAGCUUGCCCCAAACAAACCAAGAUUGCUUGAUUUGGCAUUUAAAGACUGGGAUUGGUCAUUUGAUGAUGUUGAUGGUGGUGAUGAUGAUGACGAUGUUUUUGAUUUCUGAAGAAAUAAAUGGGCUAGCUGCCUUCUAUGAAUGCAGUCAUUAUUCAAGGUGAUCAUAUUCUUCCAGUUAAAACAAGACUGAAAUAUGAUGGCCCAAAAUUUCUUAAAAAGCUGUAUUUUCCUGAGAGACUGAUACUCAAACACACACAUACAUACAUACAUAUAUAUAUAUAUGUAUGUAUACACACACACACACACACACACACACACAUAUAUAUAUAUGAACCAACAAUGAUUGGUUAAUAGAGCAAGAAUAGCAUAUGCAGCUCUUCGAAACUUGUUCCAUAAAGCUCUCUUGGCAGUCACUCACACUACAUUGCACAAAAGGACUGAGAAGAGUUAAAGUUUAAAGAAAUCAUCUUUUCAGCAUCAACAGAGAGAUUUCACCAGCACAUUUACCAGAAGAGUCUGGGAAUGGAUUCCACUACAGUGAUAGAGACUGCAUCUUUAAGAAGUGACCAUUAGACUGUGUGUGUGCAUGUAUAUGUGUGUGUCUCUCUCUCUAUGCACACACACACACACAAUAUACAUAGUACUGUAAUAACUGCAAGAGGGUUCUUCAAAUGCCCCAUUUUAUUUUUUUAUUCACAUUAAUCAGAUAUCAUAACUUACUGCAGUUGCAACUAUGCACUUGUAUAAAGCCAUAAUGUUGGAGUUUAUAUCACUCAUUUGUGUAUACCCCAUGGAAGCUGUGUGUUUGUGUUUAAGCAGUUACUGUAACAGGAAGUUUGACGUUAAUUAUAUCAAUUUCCUAAUGCUUCAUGAUAGGCAACUUUUCCCAUGUGAAUGCCUUAAUUUAAUUUUUUUGUCUCACCCUUUUCUGUAUUUUGAAAAAAAGUGUUUACCAGCUCUUAGGAUGCAAAUUCGCUUUGCAAAAGAAAAAUAGUGCACUAUUUUUACAUGUAAUACUUAUCAAUGUCAGCCUAUUUUGAUUGUAUAACAAUUUUUUUUUAAGUAUUGGUGAUAGAAACAAUAAUGGAUACUAUUGGAACUAAUAUAUCUUUUAUGUGUAUCUAUUAUUCACCCCACUCUUCUUACAGACCUCAGUAUUGGUGUGUGACUAUGAGAUGUUUUCUUGGCUUUGAAUUUGCUGGCUACCCUAGAUGUGUUUUUAUUUCUGGUAGAGACAUUUGUGACUGUUUUUACAUUUUCACACUCAAGAUUCUAAGAUUAUCUCAAAUAUAAAGAAAACUAAGACAUACUGUAGAUAUAUUUUAAAUAUUUAAAUGUGAUCCCUCAAACACAUAACUGUGUAUGGCAAUAUUUCAGGAUUGGGCUAAGAAAACUGGUAACUGGGAAGAAGUAGCCUCAGAGGCUCCUGAUUAUUUUUUAAAAUUAUGUUAAAAGUUAUAGGUUAUGCAGGACCAUUUCUGCUAGUUUUCUCAUUAUCCCAGAAAAAUGUGUUUUAUAUUGCUACAUUAUGCAUUAAUGAUAAGCAUCAAGUUUAAAAAAAUUAGUCUUUUAUCAGUCUCUUUAUGUACAUACACAUACACAGGGUUUGGUGUGAUAUUGAAAUACAUCAUCUAAUAUUUUGAUGAAGGAAGUAGACAUUUUUCAUUGAUUCCCUCUGGGGUCAGUGUAGAAAUGUUUAAAGAGUUAGACCCCCAAAAUACAGAUACUGUUGUGAAACUGAAGAGUGGCCUCUGGCCUACUGAUGUACUAAAACUGAAUCUUGUUAUUCUUUCAUUACCGCGCCUGCGCUCUUCCAUGCUGUCUGUGCUAAGACCAGAGACGCAUGCCAUUUCCCUCACAGGGAUAUUCUGCAGUUCUGGUUUGAGGGCACAGCGUUUUUUUUUUUUGUUUUGUUUUGUUUUGUUUUUGUUUUUAAGUAAGAUUUUAAAAUGAAAAAUAUAUAAAAUUUAUAUAGAAUAAAUAUUUCCAUUCAUUAGACUUGUUAAAAGGAGACUGAAUUAAUAUUUUAUAUGAAGAUUUUGUUACACUAUGGGAGGUUCUAUCAUAUUAUUCUGAAUUGGAGAGUAUAUAUAUAUAUAUAUAUAUUUUUAAUAAACUUUAUUAAGGUGAAAUAAUUUGAAGUUUACACAUGAGUAAUUGAAAUAUUUGAGUAAAAAUGGCAAAAGUUAAAUUUUGAAUGCUGUAUAUAUUAGAGAAUACGGAGAAUCAUGGUGUGGUGCAACUCUACAAGGAAAAUUAAUGUGAGGUUUUUUGGGGAAAAAAAGGUAUUCUAGGGGGUGAAAAAAAUCUCUCCCAUGGAGAUUCUUCACAUUAUAUGGCUUAACGUAAGGGUUUCUAAGGUGGUUUCUCCCGCUAAUGGAAAUGCGCUUAAUAAAAAUUCUGACCCUGGGUAAGAAUUUGCUUUUUACCCUGUUGCUGGUUUCAUGUACAUACAUGAAUACAUACACCCAACCAAAUGUUCUCUUCUCAACACUCCCAACACUUGACUUGGUUUAACAACCUGAUUUUGUGCCAGCUUCUCUUUUUCUUGAGGCUUCAAAGGUUCCCAGAUAAAAGACCAAAAGUUGCUUUAUUUCUUCACACCUGAUUUCUCCUAGCGCCAUAAAUACCUCCUAUUGAGAACUAAGAAGUAGUGAAUACUGGGAUUUUCUUAGUUGGAUUUUUUACUUUUGUUUAGUGGGGAUAGCGAGACAGAAGUAGAAGGAAAACUAGUGCCGGUAUUACUGUUAAAAAUUAAUGUAUAGUGAAUUUUUGAAAAGUAUUAAAAUAUGCUAUCUAGAAGCAAGAUUUAAAAAAAAAAAUCUAUCUGAAAAAUUUUAAAUGCCUUUAGCUAACUAAAGGAUACCAAGAAAUCUAAAAUAAGGUUAGUGUUUUUAAAACUAACGUAGGCUAGAGUCACAAAUCUGGCUCUGAAGGAUGUCUUUUGUAUCAAUUUAUCUGUAGUUCCUCAAAAAGAAGUACUCUGGGUUGCCAAACCAUAGUUUAAGAAGUUUUGCUGCUGUUGUUAAUCUAUUCUUACAGGAUUCUCGUGGUAAAAUAGAGAAGCUUAGACACUAUAUUACCUUCCUGAAACAUGCUUUAAAUAACAUGUUUAAUAUUCUAUGAGAGCAAGUCACUUCUGAGUUUCUCGGUCUGCUACUGACUCACGUCUCCUCCCCUGGAAGAAGGCUGCAGUUUCCAUCUGGCGUGAAGAUAAGCAUAGUUGACUCAUAAAGCACUUUGAAAAGAGGCACUGUAUGACAGUGCUGGGUAUUAUGCUUGGGGGACUGUCCUCGAUUCCCUUCCCCAUAAUAAUGAGUUUUGUUUGGAAUUGUAAUAAGUUAUGAACUGCAUGGUUUAGAUAAUCAUAAAUAUUUGAUCAGCUCUCCCCUUUGAACAGAAAUCGUACCCCCUGAUUUUUAAAAAAUUUUUGUUGCAUCUUUGUAGUAAUGUAAUUGUAUUUUAUGCCUGCUUUUUAUAUUAAAAAAUUAAAUAAAAGAAAUUAAGACAUAAGCAUUUUCAUACUCUUCCUGUGAAUAGUCUUGGAAUGCUGAACCAUCUAAAAUUUAUCCCCCCAGGGCGCCUGGGUGGCUCAGUUGGUUAAGCAACUGCCUUCAGCUCAGGUCAUGAUCCUGGAGUCCCGGGAUCGAGUCCCACAUCAGGCUCCCUGCUCUGCGGGGAGUCUGC